AUGCAGUUCAACGGUUUUCAUAAUCAGCAUCCCAUUUUCAGACCACGACUUGACCGGAAUGAACAAUUCGGUAAAAUACCGUAUUUCAAUGGCAUCCCUGACUUCGGUGGCCCCAAAAACUUUGGGCCUAGAAACAAUAUGGGUAAUAAAAACUUCAGGCCAAGGUCUGAUUUUAAUGGUAUGAGAAGUGAUUUUAACAAUCAUAAAAAUGAAAACCAAAAUGAUUUUGGAGGCCCCAAAGAGUACAGACCAAGAAACAAUUUUAACAACCAACAACAGAGUAAAAAUGAUUAUGAACCUGAAAAAGUUGCUGGAGGCAACCAGUUUUAUAAUGGUCAAAAUGAUUUUGGUGGACCCAAGCAGCAAAACUUUCAAAAAAAUAAUUAUGGAUCCAAACCUUACAACCCUAACCAAGGAAACCAAAAUCAACAAAAUUAUGGCCCUAGAAAAUCUUAUAGCCCUACUAUGGGACAGAGUCAGCAAGGUAUGGAAUUUAAAGGUCGUAAACUACAAAGCAUGAAAGCAAAACAUCCUGGAGACAGUCUAGUUAAGCCAAUGUGGGAUUUGUCAAAACUUGGACCAAUCAUGAAGGAUUUUUACAAGCCCCAUGCUAAUGUUGAAGCUCGUAGUGAGGAAGAUGUUCAGGUUUUCCGUGCCACUAAAGAAAUAACAGUUAGUGGUAACAAUGUCCCCCGCCCUAAUCAAAUAUUUGAUGAGGGUAACUUCCCCGAUCAUAUUUUAAACACAAUAAAGGAGCAAGGUUGGGAAGAGCCAACAGGUAUACAAGCACAAGGUUGGCCGAUUGCUUUAUCUGGUCGCGACAUGGUAGGCAUUGCUUCUACUGGAUCAGGUAAAACGCUAGCUUACAUGCUUCCUGCUAUUGUCCAUAUUGCCCAUCAACCAAGGUCUCAAAGAGGUGACGGUCCUAUUGCAUUGAUAUUAGCACCAACACGAGAGUUAGCUCAACAAAUUCAAUCUGUAGCUCAGGCUUACAGUGCUAAUGGCUGCAUUAGGCAUACAUGCCUUUUUGGUGGUUCACCAAAAGGACCCCAGGCUAGGGAAUUGGAGAGGGGUCUUGAAAUUGUUAUUGCCACUCCAGGCCGUUUGAUUGACUUUCUCGAACGCGGUACAACUAAUUUGCGACGAUGCACGUAUCUAGUACUAGAUGAAGCUGACAGAAUGUUAGAUAUGGGUUUUGAGCCCCAAAUUCGUAAGAUCAUUGAGCAAAUCCGACCUGACCGUCAAGUUUUGAUGUGGUCAGCAACAUGGCCAAAGGAAAUUCAAGCUUUGGCUGAAGAUUUCUUGAACGAUUAUAUCAAGGUCAACAUUGGCUCACUUAACCUUUCUGCUAACAAUAACAUCAAACAAAUUAUCGAAGUGUGUGAAGAGCACGAAAAGGAGCUGAAGCUUACAAAUCUACUAAAAGAAAUUUCCUCAGAAAAGGAUAACAAAGUUAUUGUUUUUGUUGAAACAAAGAAAAAGGUCGAUGAUAUUGCACGAGCCGUGCGACGCAAUGGACACAAAGCUCUAGCAAUACAUGGUGACAAGUCUCAGCCAGAACGUGACGCCGUUUUGACGGAAUUCCGAAAUGGAGCAACUACAAUUUUAAUUGCUACUGAUGUUGCUGCUCGUGGAUUAGAUGUAGAGGAUGUUAAGUUUGUUGUGAAUUAUGACUAUCCAAACUCCUCUGAAGAUUACAUUCAUAGAAUUGGACGCACUGGACGCUGUCAACAAUCUGGUACAGCAUAUACAUUCUUUACAAGUGGCGAUGCUCGCCAAGCUCGUGGUCUUGUUGCUGUGUUACGUGAAACUGGCCAAAAUCCUCCAGCUAAACUAAGUGACAUGGCCCGAAACAACAAUAGCAGUUCUGUAGGUCGCAACCGUUGGCAACAGAGGAAGGAGAAUAACAGUGGCUCUAGCUCACCUCAAAUGCAAACCAACAAGCUCCUCGAUUCUCUAAUCAAAACCAAAACAAUCAAGGCUACAGACAGAACAACUAUCAAAAGCAGGUGCCAUUCCCAAGCCCUAAUGUGUUUGAGUCCAUUGGCAGUUACCAAGGUGGAUAUAACAAUGGAUACCAAAAUGGCUAUAAUAACCAGAAUGGAUAUGGGCAAAGACAAUUUACGAAUUCUCGCAAUAAUGGACAGCAAUAUCGCAACAAUAAUACCAAUGGAGGGAACAAAUCUGGUGGAUCUGGAUCAUCUUAUGGAUCUCCACCACCACAUUCUUGCUACUCCAGCACAUUACCCACAAAUGCACCCACAUCAUCAAGAAUUGCUUGGCGGAAAAUUCUACGGUGGCGGUGUUGGCGGUGCAGGGCCUUGCGGUUAUCAAGCGGCAGUUGGUGCCGGAGUUGCAUACCCCCAUUUGCCACCCGGCCCAUUGGUCUAUGCUGCCCCAAUCCAACAG